AAAAACAGUCACAAACAUGCCACAAGCAUUUUCAAAAUAAUGUUGGGGUACCCAUAAAUACAACCAUUUAAUAAAGCUAUGGGUAGUUUCUGUAUACUGAAAACUAAAGGAGUGAAGCAGCAAUUUUUAUCAAAAUAGUUGAAAGACAACACAACACUGUCAAUAAAACAUUCUAUUUUCAUUUUUGUGUUCGUUGUUCAGCUGCCAUUUUACAUUUCACAGGGCGCGCGAGUUUGGUUCUACCGUUUGAUUCGUUUAACUGGCGAUGGCGAGCUCUCUGCAACGCUUAUCGAGCCAUGCUCGUCUUCUCCGAACCUCGGUUGCCUCAGGGUCCAGACCAUUCUCGGCCGACGCUUUGGUUGAGUACAUGCCCGGCGAGAUCGGGAAGGUCUCUGGCAUUCCAGACGAGCAUCUUCGCAGGAGGGUUGUAAUAUACUCACCUGCAAGAACUGCGAGUCAGCAAGGAUCAGGAAAAGUUGGGAAGUGGAAAAUCAACUUUGUGUCCACACAAAAGUGGGAGAAUCCAUUGAUGGGCUGGACUUCAACUGGUGACCCGUAUGCCCAUGUUGGCGAUUCAACACUGGGUUUUGACAGCGAAGAAGCUGCAAAGUCCUUUGCAGAGAGACAUGGUUGGGAUUAUGUGGUUAAAAAGCAGCAAACGCCAUUAUUGAGGGUGAAGGCGUAUGCAGACAACUUCAAGUUCAAGGGCCUCCCUAAAACUGAGGAGGCUUGAUUUUGUUUCGAUGAUUUUGUUUCUUGGUUCUCUCUCAAGAGGGAAAUUGUGCAACAGAACUUGCAGUUUCCUCUCUCAUAUUUCAUUGAACAAGUCACUUGAUCCAAAUGAAACUCUUUGAUUAUGAUAAUAAACGGGAUUCAUGCUGUGAAGUA